GAUUGUCCAGAGAGCUCAACGGCCCAGCUCCCACGAUCCGAGAGGAAAAAGGGUCGAGAGGAACGAAAAAAAAAGCACGAGACUCACGCAGCCUCCUCGACGCGCCGCCGCCGGGUCAUCGACGCCGGCGUCCCUCCUCCGGCAAACUAGCCGUUAGAAGCAUGGAGCCCGAAGAGAAGCCCAACCGGCCGCCAUCACGGCUGGACUGCAUAAAGUACUUCAAUGCACUAUGGUCCUGCUACUCGCCAUUCCACCAGAUGCAGAACUAUUACCGCUACGGGGUUUUUGACAACUGCUCCAGCAAGUGGCGCGAUCUUGUCGACUGUCUCAUGCUCAGGACGAAGUCGAGGGCGGAGGUAGAGGAGAUGCUCAUGGCGCGGGAGAAGGCCAGGCCGCACUUCUGGACCUACCGGACUGUCGAGGAGGCGUCAGCGAACUGGUGGAAGAUGUACAAGCACAGGGUGAUGAUGUCGUCACCGCCAAAGACUGCAGGUUCUGCUGCGCCUCCUCCCAAACCUGCUGCACCGAAGAAGCGUUGAUUGUGCUUUUGGUGCGCUGUGCUUAUAACCACCGGUCUUUGUUCAAUCUUGAGUUACCCUGACAGGGUAAAUAAUUGGAACCCUGUAUGGAAGGAUACCCUAAUCAUGUUCUGUAAAGCAUGGCAGGCAACUGAACGGUGGUUCUUAUGCUAUUUUUUGCACCAGCUAUGUUAGCUUUCUGCCUAAUUAUCAGGCAUAAAUGUUUUGGUUUGUGCUGUGGUGUGUUCUCAUUACUUUUUAAAUGCAGACUAGUCAAUUUCAGUUCAAAUGUGGUUAAGAAUGGGUAUAAGAUCGGAUUGCCA